AUGUGCCCCAAGAGCGAUGCUGAACAGCUGGAUCUAUGGAUCACUGGCGGCCAUAUGACCCCUGAACGCAUUUUGACCAGGCUUACCGAAAACCACGAUCAUUGCGGCCUGAGAGAGAGUGAAUAUGCCAGGCUCAAGGAGUUGUUCGAUUCCCAUGGCACUCAAGAAGGUGGGAUAUCAUACAUCGAUAGAGAUGUCCUUGUUUCCCUCCUCAAGAGCUCUAGCUCUGUUCCCUCUCUAUUCGACGAAGCCGGUGACAUAUUAUAUUCCAGUGUGCUAUAUCUAUCGAAAUAUCCCUUUCAAUUGGGCAUGUCUUCGAAGAUGACGCUCGAAGAGCUUGCGAGAGCACUUGUGUGGGCCUUGAUAGACGCUCCUUUUAAUGAACUACGAGCCUCUACUCUUUAUGAAGAGGGGAAUCUUUGUCGGGGGAGGACACGAGCAGACCAUAGAAGGGCUAUUUUCCAGAGUCUUGCAACCUCCCGGGACGGAGUGACACUGCCAUACAACCGCCAGGAGUGGACGGACAAGGCCAGAGAGAGAGCCUACCAAUUUGACAAAUCUUGCAGGUUCCGGCUAGAGUACGCUGCCGUGAACUGCGAUGAGGACGGUGAUGAGAUGUACCAUGACAUCCUUGAUAUCCUUUUCUCCUCCCAGAUUGAAACCCACCCUAGUUUUGCGCCCGUUGCUCGCGAUAGCUUCCGCCCGUUGGCAAAAGAGCUACAUGGGGAUCAUACUUAUCUUCAUCAUCUCACUAUUCCGCAAAAGAGCUUCCAUGCUUUCGUCAAAUUGCUUCUCGCGUAUCAGUUCGGUUGCAAUGACCAGAUAAGAGACGAUAAAACCACAGAUCUAAAUCACGUGUCCGAUUGCAUUGUAAAGGCCUUUGCCCGGAAUCCAGAUGUUGGAAUUACCUGGCCCAUGUUCGACGAUGCUUGCAAAGUAACGCCCUGGCUCCUAGAUGGGUACUACCGUAUCCUUAGCAGCCUUUUCGGUAAACCAAAGAACGGAGAACGCCUUGGUUUCGACAUGGAAGACAUUUCAACUAGCCUACCCAGCCCGACAAAAACACUCACAUUUCCUGUCAUGGCGCAGCUUGGUAUAAUGUUUUCUAGGUCUUCAUAUAGCUUCCAUGACCUCCGCCUUCACCAACGUUAUAGCCCGCGCCUUAGCAAGGUAGACUUACCAUCAAUUGCCAAAGAUAUCAGUGCAUCUCCAGGAACUGCGUUCUUCCUAAUCUCUGGCAAAAACAGGGAGACAGGUGAUGCUUGUUUGUUCGGGUCCUACAUUGCAAUUCCGUGCAAAGAUGGCGGCGCAAUCCAGUCAACAGAGGAAGAAAAAGUGAUAAACUGGCAGGAUACCUGUUUAUUCGAGCUAAGCCCUGUGCAUGAUAUCUAUCCUGGGAAGGUCGGAUCACCCGGCUGGACAGGCACAGAACAGAACCUGUGUUUUGGGAACAGGGCGAAUGGUGUGGCGUUGGAGCUGGAGAAUGGUCUUUGCAGCGCAGCCGUCUUCCAUACGGUAGAAGGAAAUCAAGAGCCUGUCUAUAGCGCAUCUUCGUGGAGAGGGAAUUGGCAGCUCAAAUUUGAUAUUGAAGAGGUUGAACUCUGGGUUGACGAAGAGUAA